UCUGCGGUCUCUGAGUCGGCGGGACUGGUGGGCGGCUCAGAGCCGGGUUUGCUUGGUUCAUGUGACUCUUCUUCCCCAGGAGAUAGGGCGGAAGUGAAGGUCACGCGGUUUCCUCCCGUCCGUCCCCUUUCUCCUGGUCAAGUCCUGCUCUUGCUAUCAUCCCCGUAGCAAUGUUUGCUGUGAGGUUCGCGGCGGCCUCCAGGCCUGUUUUGCCAGUCUGUCUGCCCUGGCUGAGGUCCGGCGGGCGGCAUCAUACUCCCGUCGCCGGCUUUCAUGGCUCCGCGCUGCGUCCUGGGGCUAAAGUAGCUGUUAUUUUUUCUGGAUGUGGUGUCUAUGAUGGCACGGAAAUUCAUGAGGCCUCAGCGAUAUUGGUUCACUUGAGUCGUGAAGGUGCUGAAGUUAAGAUGUAUGCACCUAAUGUUCCUCAGAUGCAUGUCAUUGAUCAUACCAAAGGACAACCAACGGAGAGUGAAAAACGGAAUGCCUUGGUGGAAUCAGCAAGGAUUGCCCGAGGCAAGAUUGCUGAAUUGUCAGAACUUAAGUCAAAGGAUUUUGAUGCUGUUAUCUUUCCUGGGGGAUUUGGAGCUGCCAAAAACCUGUGUACAUUUGCAGUCGAUGGAAAAGAUUGUAAAGUCGACAAAGAUGUUGAACGAAUCCUAAAUGAGUUCCAUAAAGAAGGGAAACCAAUUGGCUUGUGCUGCAUUUCACCAGUUCUUGCAGCCAAAGUACUUAAGGGUACAGAAGUGACAGUAGGACAUGAGCAGGCAGAAGGUGGGAAAUGGCCUUACUGUGAAACUGCAGAAGCCAUUAAAGCCUUGGGAGCAAAGCACUGUGUGAAAGAAGUAACUGAAGCUCAUGUAGACUCGAAGAACAAAGUGGUCACGACUCCAGCUUUUAUGUGUGAAACAGGAUUGCACCAUAUUUUUGAUGGAAUAGGGAUAAUGGUACAUAAUGUGUUGAAACUAACCAGAAAAUAACCCAGAAAGACUAAAACGCUUCGGUUCUGAAAAGAGCAGUUUCAGACAUAGAAUACUUUGACCUGGUAAGUCUGACCAGAGAGAUGAAAAUGGCUGAUGUGAUGAGAAUUUUUUACUGAGAGAGAGGAGAAAUAUUUUACUGGAUAAGGCAUAGAUGUUUCCUAGCUAAGGAGAGGAUUUUUUAAAAUUGCUAAUUUAGAGAUGAGACAUUUCUUCCUAAGUUUGGUUUGAUUCACUUGUUAGAGAAGGAAGGCUGCCAAUUGAGAGUUUAAUUAUGAUGUAUUUUUUCGUACGCACCUCUUAAGUUAAAACUUGGACCGUUUUCUGCUGGAUGGUCAUUGAAUAGAAAUAAUAUUUUGCUAUACAAAAUUGAACCUAUUAUAUGGUUAUUUUUUAUUAUUUGGAAGUGAUAAGGUAUAAUGUUUAAUUUCUCAUCUUCCAAAUCUGAGUAUAAAUGGAACCAAGACAUCCCUUUCAAUUACAGAAGUAAAUGCUUUGUAUUUUGGGGGGAAUUUGUACUGAUGUAUAUAAUUCUGUAGCACAAACCUUUCACCAGAAAGCAUGUGUUUAAUUCUUUAGUGAAAGCACCUUUUAACACCUUUGGGCCUUCUGAUACAGUGAUAAAUUUGGCACUAAGAAUGUGUUCUUUUAAGUGAGUCUCAAUUCUUCAUUGUAGAUAUCACCCCCAGAAUCAGGGAGAAGAAAGGGAAAUUGCAGCUCUUUAAAUCUAUUAAAACAGUUUUCCUAAUCUUGUUAAGAUUUCCUAACAGUAAUUGUACACUUGACAGAUCUCUGAAUGUAAAAACAAAAUAAAAUUUAUUGAUGCAAUGAC